AGAACUAGUUCUCCCGUCAGGGCAAGGUCUCCAAUGCGCUCCAAGUCACCUGUUCGCCAACCGUUCAACUUCCAGUCGCAGAUGAUGAUGCACAACAACUCUUCGGCAAACUCCUUGACCGGGCACACGCGAACCUCCAGUAACACCGGUCUCAAACCGGCGCACCGCAAGGGACACAGAUACAAGCACUCUUCGGUGUCGAUGAAUCUUUUCCAGGAGCCGAAACUGCGAGCAGACAUCAACAUCCCUGUGACGUUGCCGUUUCCAAAACUUGGAGAGAUCCGGGGCAGCUUGUCGCAUGAACAGAGCACCCAAGUGGCCUGGGGGCUAUGGCACGUGCUUCUUUCGGCGCUUCUCUACCUCAUCAACCGCCACACAGGUCUUCCCAACUUUGAUACCCUUUCGCACUUGGUGUUUUACGAUUCCGUUUCGAUCAUGGCGAUGAUCAUCGUCAACGUCAUGGGAAACUUUGACUGUUGGAACACAUCGCUGAUCAAGUAUCCGUUUGGUUUGGGUCGUAUCCAGGUGCUUGCGGGGUUUGCCUUGGCCAUCUGGCUCAGCUUUGUGGGGUUUGACUUGUCGAACCACUGCGUGGAGGCGUAUAUGGCCGAGUUUGUGGUGGGCGAAGGUCAUGCACACGAUACACCGUCUGGUGGCCAUAGCCACCACCACCAUCAUGCUCACCCUGACAUGUCUGGCUAUGACGUGGUCAAUGGAAACCGUUUUGUAUUCCUGUUCAUGCUUUUGUUAACCAUCUUCACCACCAUCGUCUCGGCGAAGCUUAUCAGAAGCGAUUCCAGCCAUAAAAGUUUGGCAAACAUCGUGAGCAUGAGCGACUUGAAGGUGACAAAGUGGGAUAGACAGCAGCUCUGGGCGCGACUUUCCCAGAAGAUGAACAACCCAGCCCACUUGUUAACCUUGGUACUCGCCGACUUGUUGUUACUCACGUAUAACCCGUUCUAUCCCUGUGCGAUCAAUGAAAAGAUCAUGGCUUUCACCAUCGCAAUCUUGAUUAUCGUUCUUGGGAUCAAGCUCACGCACAAGCUUGGGCUCAUCCUUAUCCUCUCGUUCCCCGCGUCUGCCAAACAGUUUGACAGGCUUCUCCAUGAGGUGGAGAACGAUAUCAAAAAUUUGGACGCGUUCAAGUCGUCUACCAAUUUGAGCGAGAUCUUCAUCACCAAGUUCAACUACAAGUUAUAUGUGAUCGGGCUCAGGUUGAAGAUGAUCGGUGGGAGCGACCAGGACGAGUGCUUGUUGCGAAAUGAUAUUGUGCGGUUGAUCAAAAGACACUUGUCAGACUACGAAGAGCGGGCCGUGGACAACGAUGCAUUUGAGAUCACAGUAGAUAUUGAUAGAUUGUAAUGACAAAUGCUGAAUUUAUUAUAUAUGUGGCGCAAAACGCUGUGGACGUGUGUCUAUUUUCAGUGACAUCAAAGUGAUAGCUGAGACGCAUUGUACUGCAGGUUGGAACUUGCAAGUACACCGUAUAACCAUUAAAAGAACUAAAGCGAU